UGGAGUAAAGUGCCUUCCUUUUCCUGGCUACAUGGAGCACUCAGAGCUCACUGAAGCAGAGCCAGAGGGUGUGGCAGAGUGAGGGAGGGUAUAUGAGAGCAUGUAGGCAGGGGGACUGGCUGGGUACACAGGGAGGAAGCUCCCAAGUUUUUGUUGGGAAAGGAAUGAAGACUGGCCCCAAAUCACUCAUCUUGUGGACUGCAGUGUAGGAAGGCUUCCUGGAAGAGGAGUUCUUGAACUGGGGCUGCUCAAAAAGGCAUGGUUUCUAUAUUUGGAAAAGCAUGUAGAAAGCCAUUUCCAUUGGUGAAACUUUCCCUCUUUCCAGCUCCAGGACCAGGUCUAGAGCUACACACAGCUCCAGCAUCAGCUCUAGUGGCACGUGUAGAGCCGGAGGCAGCUCCUCUGGCAGCUCCAGAACCAGCUCCAAUGCAAGCCCCAGCAGUUACACCAGAGUUCGGGCCAGUGCCAGCUCCAACACCAGAGCCUUCCUGCCUCUUGACUGUGAGCACAAUGCAAAGUCUGAGACAGGAGGAGAAGAUGAACUUCUUGUCAUUCCCUCCCAAGCUAGUAGUAGAACAAUUAACAAUGGUGGAUACGCAGCUGUUCAAGAAUGUGGUGCCCUAUGACUGCCUAGGGUCCAUCUGGUCCCAGAGGAAUAAGAAGGGCAAGGAGCACCUGAUGUCCCCUGUCAGUGUCACUGUCACACAGUUUAAUAACGUGGUGCACUGUGUAAUCACCACUUGCCUGGGGGACAGGAGCAUGAAGGCCCCAGACAGGGCCAGGGUGGUGGAGCACUGGAUCUAGGUGGUCAGGGAGUGGCUGAUCCACAGGAACUACUCCUCACGCCAUGCCAUUCCCUCUGCUUUGCAGAACACUUCAAGCAAUCGUUUGAAAGACAUUUGGGGAGAAGUGUCCAGGUGGGCAUUCCUCUCCAAUAGCAGCAUCAGGAAGGAAAUCUCCAAGUUUGCUACCCUGAAGAUGAACCCCAGAAGAUGCAGCAGCAGAAGGAGAAGGUGAGGUGUCCUCCAGGGCACCAUGCCCUACUUGGGAGUGUACCUCACAGACUUGGUGAUGUUGGAUGCUGCUUUGCCAGAUUUUCUGGAUGGAUGUAUGAUAAACUUCCAGAAGAGGAGAAAGGAGUUUGGUGUGCUUCAGGAAAUAAAACUUCUCCAGCAGGCCUGCCAACACUACACCAUUGUGACCCAGGAGCAAUUUGAGGCCUGGUUCCAGGGCAUGGAGCAACUCACUGAGACUGAGAGCUGCCCUCUGUCCUGUAUCUACAACCUGUCCUGUGAGCUAGAGCCCCAGACACAGCUGUCCAGCAACAUCCACUUGCCUAGCAAAAAGACCUAA